AUGAGAAAAAACAUAGAAAAAAACAAUCAAAUUGAGAAAAUGAUAUUCAAAUUAGGCUCAAGUAGUAUAGUAGUUCGCUCUCAUGCCUCCGAGAAAAAAAAUAACCGCUCCCAACAAUUUCAUAAAGCUGAAACAAAAAACUCUAGGCAUGAAGGUAUACUGUAG